AGUGAGAAAGUGAGAAAGUGAGAAAGUGAGAAGCGCUCAAAUCACAAACGAACAUUCACGAAAUGAACAACAGCCCGGGAAACAAAACACCCGAACCCGUUCGCAGACGGCGAGGACGGCCAAAAAAGUCAGAAAGCAGGAGCAAUGUCCCUGCUCAGUUGUCAAAAAAGUCGGCUGCAGUCAGUAACGAAUCUGAAGCAAAGGCUCGUGUGAAUGAAUUGAGAUCCCGCUACCACAAACUGCACCAGGCUCUAAGUGAGCUGUACAUUGUUCAGAUGGAACGGGUAGAACGACUUAUCCUGAACGACACACAUCAUGUGCUGACCACGGAAAUUGAUUCAUACAACCAAGUGCGACAGUUCAAACUCGUUCUCAGCGAACGACGCGCUCACUAUCGGCGAGAACAACUGGCUCGUCAAAAUGCCUUUCGAGAAAAAUCAAUUGAGUAUUCGUUCAGAAGAUAUCAAUGCAUGCUUCGGCGACUACUGCUGCAACACACAGCGUCCAGCCUACAGUCAUUGGUGGAAUCCCGUGCUGCUCCUAAAGCACUUCAACUGUACGAGACUUCUGUGAAAGACGAAUCUGAAAACAACAACAUGGACGAGAAAAACAGCGUCUUACCACCCACCACUACCAAAGAAGAAGAAACAGAAGAAAUCACAAAAGGUGGACCUGCACCAACAAUCCCGGCUGGUCCGCCGUCAGGUUCACUUACGUCGUUGUCACAAUCUCCGGCGAGACUGCCUUCCAUUCACCAAUUGCAGCAGUCCAUAGAGCCAGUCCGUUAUGUAAAUCCAAUGUAAAUGGGAAGAGAACAAGAGGGCCAAGUGGGAAGCCCAAAAGAAGCCACCCUUCUGGCACUCACGCGUGUUGUCUUUCAAGCAAUAGUUACCGACAAUCAGUCGCACAUUAUGAAUAUAAACUUCCACUCGUUUUUUGCACAUUAACAAACACAAGC